AUGUCGGUCAUUUCGGUAUUUGUGUUUCUCUCGCUGGCGGUGGGUAUCGUGCGUGGUCAUGGCUUCAUCUCUGGUUUCUAUAUCGAUGGGAAAUACUAUCCAGGCUUCAGUCCUUACUUUGACAUCGUUGGAAACGAAACAGUACUCCCUCCGUCCCGGAUCGCGUACUCGAUCGCCGACAACUGGCCAGUCUACGAUGUUCUCUCCUCCAACAUAACCUGCAGCUUCAAUCCCCUGCCAGAUCCACCAUCACUGGUAGCCCCGGCACGUCCGGGCUCGGACGUAACAAUGAUCUACACCGAAUGGCCGAACAACCACUUCGGCACGAUCCAAACCUACAUGGCCUCGUGCGGGACGUCGUGCACGUCUCCCACCUUCAACGUUAGCAUAGCGCCGUUCUUCAAGAUCGCCGAAGACGGUCUUCGCAGCGACGGCACCUGGGCCUCUGACGAGUUCCUAGCCAACAACAGCACGUGGACCUUCAAAGUGCCCACAGACCUGAAGGACGGCUACUACGUCGUGCGGCACGAGAUGAUCAGCCUCCACGCGGUGGAAAAGUACGGCGCGGAGCUGUAUCCGCAGUGCUUUCAGAUCCAGAUCGUCGGAGGGACUGGUACGCGCGAACCGGACGGAGUCAGGUUCCCUGGUGCCUACGCCCAGAAGGAUCCGGGCUUGACGUACAAUAGGACGACGGAUGCGGGGACGCCGUAUGUUUUUCCGGGGCCGUCGUUAUAUAAUGCCCCCAGCUGAUGGGGCAAUCGUGGAGGAAAUGCUCGGCACGGACUUGCUGCGCAUGUUCACCGAGAAGCUCG